GCCACGUACCGAUCGCUCCGACGAAGGCCGUCGCGCGCGCGUUGGGAGUCAGUCAGCGUUCGCGCACGAAUGCGACGGUACGGACGGCGGUCGUGGCGAGUUUUCACUCGGCGUCGCGCUCACCAGAGCAGCUCGUUGGCAGCGGAGCUAAGCUGACGACGUUCCCCGCUCUCGAGCGCAACGGCUCGCAGCAAGGAGUCGCGCGCGCGCGCUUGUGCCAGAAGACGCCCGUUCCUCCGGCCUGUCGCGACCGACGCUUCCUCCCUGGUGGCAUCCUUCGCGGGAACACGCCGAGAACCGACCUGCCUGUGCGGAAGGCGUAUUGCCGGUCAGUCGUCACUACCGGGGCUGUGACCUGCUUCCGCGCUGAAUCCUCGCGACGGUCCGACGGCAGGCGGACGACCCGAAGAAUUGAAAGUUUAACGUUGGGAUGAAGUUUCAACUCGGUUACGGCGACAGGAAGGCGACUAUUCGGCUUUCGCGCGCGAAAAUAUGGAACAUCGAUUAGUCAGCGAGCGCGAGCCUGUUUACAGCUACCUGAAUGAGGCUGAUGGAACCCUUGGGCGUCGCUCAGGAUAUCGUGGAGCCGGCGGUGCUGAAACGAUGGGCCGACUAUCCCGUUCAACACCGGUACACGGAUUACUCCGAGUCGAUGAGAGAGACGGCGCAUCACGCUAUAAGCCCUUUCCCUUGUCAACCGUCGCUUAACAACAAGCUCGCGCUAUGGACCGGAGAUGUUUCGAUUUUACAAGUAGACGCGAUAGUGAACUCCACCAACGAGACGAUGGAUGAUAAUAGUCCUAUGUGCCAAAAAUUGUUUAACCGAGCUGGUACCGCGCUCAAACUAGAAAUAUAUAACGAUGUUAAAGAAUGCAGAACCGGCGAGGUAAGAGUAACACAGGGUCACGGAUUACCGGCUCGUUUUAUUAUUCACACUGUUGGACCAGUUUAUAACGUGAAGUAUCAAACAGCUGCGCAAAACACGCUACACUGUUGCUACAGAAACGUCCUGCAGAAAGUGAAGGAGAUGGGUUUGCGCACCAUCGCUCUGCCGGUAAUAAACUCGGUCCGGAGAAAUUAUCCUCCGGACGCAGGAGCUCACAUAGCUCUCAGGACCGUACGUAGAUUCAUGGAGCAAUACAGCGACUCGUUAACGUGUAUUAUAUUUGUACUGGAGCCGUGCGAUCUCGGGAUAUACGAGGUCCUCCUGCCGCUUUAUUUCCCGCGAAACCUGGCUGAGCAGGAUAACGCUUGUUGGCAGUUACCGAGCGACAUCGGCGGCCCCGACGGGGAACCUUUACUUCCGGAUAGACAAAUUAGAAUUAUCGACAAUCCUCAGCACGCUUUGCACGGUGACGAGACGGUAGAACUCUCGGCGCAAUUGGAGACUUCGGUGAACAUCGGCGAGCACGCUUUCGCGCAGAUGCAAGGUGACCUGGACCGUCAGAGACUGCUGGGCGAAAGGCCGCCCGCCGACCCGCUGGCGGACAUCAUGUUCAAGCAAAUGCAGCAGAAAGAGAGGUACGAGCGGCUCCUCAGGCGGGCGAAGACGGAGGACCUCACCGAGAUCUCAGGGAUCGGCUGCCUCUACCAGAGCGGCGUGGACCGACAAGGCCGACCGGUGAUCGUUUUCGUCGGCAAGUGGUUCCCAGCCAGCAAGAUCAAUUUGGACAAGGCCUUGCUAUAUCUCAUACAAUUGUUGGAUCCUAUUGUGAAGGGUGAUUACGUGAUCGCGUAUUUCCACACUCUUACGGCCAGCAGCAAUUACCCCAGUUUACAUUGGCUGCGCGAAGUCUACAACGUGCUUCCCUACAAAUACAAGAAGAACCUCAAGCAUUUCUACAUUAUUCAUCCUACCUUUUGGACCAAGAUGAUGACGUGGUGGUUCACGACCUUCAUGGCGCCGGCCAUCAAGCAGAAGGUUCACAAUCUGCCCGGAGUAGAGUAUCUGUACGAAGUGAUGUCGCCUGACCAGCUCGAGAUUCCAGCGUACAUCACAGAAUACGACAUGACGAUAAACGGUCUGAGGUAUUAUCAACCGGAACAGAUCUCGUCAGCGCCGUCGACGUCCACGUAACUCGCAGACGAACAUCGGGAUGGAGGCAGCGAAGCGUCAAGAAGAAUGAGGCCGUCGGAUCAGGUGUGCCGCGCGUUGUUCGCGUUGUUGACUAUUCGUAUACUGACGGUGACACUGGCGCGCCGCUUGAGCGUGAGAGCAAGCGUGUACGCAAGAUUCGUGGUAGCCGCCGCGUCCCGCCGCUUGUCAACGCUGGCUGUAAGGCGGAGAGCGCGACGUUAUCUGGAUACGAUAAGCCGUACUCUCUUCGAGAAGACAGUUCUCCGGCCCCGCGUCAUUCCACCGGAAUCGAUUUGUCCAAGUGCCUCCGAGUGACGAUGGACCGCUUAAGCGGAAGCAUGAAGGAAGAAGGGACGCGCAGAAGAGACGAUCGGCCCGUAGAAAAACCGUGUGUAACGCAACUAAUCAAGAAACCACUGCCCGCCCGCUUUCGAUGUCGAGCCGGUUCUCCUUGAGCUCCACCGACGGACUCCUCGCGCGUCGUCUCCGGAAAAAUGCGAAGAGGAGAGAGAAAAAGCGCGCAGGGAGAGGGGGGGGAGGGAAAGAGGGAGGGGAAAUAUCGGUGUGCCGCAAAUCGUGAUAGGAUUGAUGGGUGGUCGAGAUAAGAGGUUGGACCGACCGACAUGCGCAUUGUUCGAGGUGCUAAAGAGCAGCGUAUAUUCAUCUCAUCCCGUAAUAGAGCUAACAAAUUACUAUUCGCUUAGAGCGAACAUUGGCUGCCAAAACGUCAGUAAUUAGUAUUUUCAUCGCUGCCGAUGUCGACCUCGCCGCCGCCGCCGCCGUUGCUUGCAACACGGAAAGUCCGAAGCUAAAAUAUUAAUCUCGCCCUUGUAAAUAUUAUUCAGCGGCGGAUUAUUAGCUUAGUACUGCCUGUGAGAGCGGUAGAGGGGAUUAGAAAGAACAAGAAGAUGAAGAAAAGAGGAGUAAAAAGAGAAGGAAGGAGAGGGAAGCGUCUGAUGAGGCGUUAGGAAUAAACAUCGGCUUAAUAUAUAGAAUCGUCGAUUGCUUUCUGUUAUUUUCGUAUCGAUCGUUAUAUAUACAGCGAAGAGCGUCUACUUGAUUAUUGUAUAUUGUCAAAAUUUAAUUAAAGCCACGUCUCGUUGGCGACGAAGCAUUAUCGUGUCGCAUCUCGCCCGUCUACAGCCGCGCGCUAUUCCGAAUAAGAAUUAAACGAUCAGAGAUUUCACGAAAACGGAGAGAGAGAGAGAGAGAGAGAGAGCUGGACUUUACUGUGAUGUGUCUUCGGCGCUCGGGGAUUUGAAUUGUAGAAAUAAUUUAAAUGCCGCGCUUCGAGCUUCUCCUUCACCGUCGACAACCUGUUAUCGUCGUCGUCGUCAGCGGCGGCGGCGGCCUCGACGUGGAGGAAGCGACGCGACGAGUCGCGCAACGAUUGGCUCGCGAAAUGGUUCGGCACUGAGCGUCGUCGUACGUACGAGAUAGUCCUAGAUUAGAAGAAGCAAUAAACUUAAGAGCUUGCUCGCGAUGUAUUUCGGGAGGAAAAAAAAAGAAAUCGUUAUCGAGCCCCUCCCCCCUCCUCCUCCCCUCAUCCCCCGCCCCGUAAGCUCCUCGCCCCCUCCUUUCGUCCCGUUGUUAAGCGUUUUUAGCGAUUAAAGAGAGAAAAAGUGAAUUAAAGGAAGUUUAAACCUGUUAAUCGCGUCGAUUAGCCCAUUUAUCACCGGCCAAGCGAACAGUCGCCGUUCCAUGGCCAAGCGUAGCAGCCCCCCUCCCCUCGCCCACCCACCCGCACUACCUCGCUA